AUGGCUGAAGAGGACGAGCGUGACACCUCGUCAGGUGAAGAGUAUACUGAUUCGAGCGAUGAAGAGACCGCGUCCACCAGUUCUGGCGAGCACACGGACCCCGAGACCUUGCGCCUCUGGUACACAAAUCUCCUUCCUCGAACAGUCGACAUUGUCGGCGAUUUCGCUGGCAGGGAGCUUUUCGUCAUUCAUGGCGAGGGCCUGCUGAGGCACUGCAUCACCGAAGCCAAAGUUGACUUCCAAGAUGGUAUGCAGCUCCUUCACGCCGUCUACGCUGUGGAGAAAUUCCUCGACGAGCUGAGGCAGAGAGGUUGCAACUUCGACAUCCUCUUCUUCAAUGCCCAUGCAAAUGCGGUACUUCCUGAGUCAGUCGCGGCUGAGAACGCCUCAAUGGCGACGGCUAAGUUCGCACUGGCGAGAACCGUUCUGAUCGAGCACCUGAAACGGCACGCGAGGAACGCAGGGAACGUCUCUGAUCGUCGAACCAACGUCACAGUCUUUGACGACUUUGACUCUGAGGACUUCCGUCGCUACCGUGCUGAGAAUGCUGUGCAUUUCUUCCUCUGUAACGAGGGCACGUCCUAUGGCGAGAACGACGAGAGUGUAGGUGCCGGAAGGACCGUCGUUCUGAGGCAUUUCAUCUACAGGCUCGUAUCCGAGGGGUAUCAUGUGGCCGUCAUCAAUGACGUCCAGUUCAUGAGCUCCAAGAUUUUCACAACCCUCAUUUCGGGAUCAAACACAAGACUUGCUGUUCUCGACCUGCCCGAAGGCGUUUCUCAAUCCGCUGAAAACGCGGCUUUGAUCUCUCUGAUCGACCAGAUCAAAACGCCUCUCGUCGAGAAAAACAUCGCUGGCGAAUCAGCAGAUAGACUCACCGUGCGCGAGCUAGUAGUUAUUGCUACCCUCAAACAGAUCUUGCAGUCUGGCAACUAUGGAUCCGAGGCUGCCGCGCUCCUACUCCACACCGCCUUACUCGGUGCGUCCAGUCUGUCCGAAAGGCUUUGCGGCAACGCCUCAAAGGCAGUGGCCGGAACCCAAGCAUCUUUCUUGGACAAAUUCUUUAGGACGGCUCGCGAUAUUAUUAAGGGUCUGUCCCAAGAUGCAUCGCUUGACAACCUGACCUGGGAUAUUUACGAUUUAGUUGAUGGUAAUAUCUUGGCUACCCUUCUACAGGACGAGGAUGCCAGUGACUCUAUUUCUUUGAGAGUCCUAACCCGUGCGAAUCUUCUGAGGAAAGCACUUGCCGAGGCUACCGAUGAGUCCAAAGUCUCGUCCAUUCCCCAAUAUGACGAAGAUGAGGAUGACGAGGAGGGGGCAAAGGAGUCGGCAACCCAGCACCGCAACACAUCUGUCCUUCCUUUCUCUCAUCCAGUCUUUGACAAACACCUCGACUCCGUCCAGGUCCGACCUGACGCACGAUCCUCCAAGUCGACGACGGCAGCCAGCAUCUUCGAAGAGCUGAGUAACUGGAACAAAGACAAAAAGCCUGUCGAUCCUCGCAAGCCUCCCCCGAAGCUCGGUUUCUGGGCGAAAAAGCGUCAUCAGAAGCUUAUGGCGGACAUCGUCACAUAUUCCGCUUCACUCACCAACGCAACCGGCAGAAUCAUAGACCCUGAAGUUGUCGUCUCCGGUACCGGCAACCAAGCAAAGGUUGCUAAGCAAGUCGAGAAGGCGAAGAAAGUCGGCGGGGGUAAGGCGAAAGCGCUUGCAGCGGCGAAGGCCCUCCAGGCGUCGAAGCAUGAGAAGAAGGGAAACACGGCCAUCGAACACUGGAAGUCAACCAUUGCCGAGCUAGACGAGGAGAAGAAUCUCGUCAAGCGGUAUGGUAAGGCGUUGAGGUAUAUCCACAAUCGACCCUCAGAGGCGUUGGCUGUUGUUGGCCCGGAGGGUUACCUUUACAUGUGCAAUGUACUUGUUCUCAUGUGGAAGAAGCGAUGCGAGACCACCAAGAGGAAACUCAAGGGAAUUGACAUUGUGGCUCUCCUCUGGGACAGGCUGCUCUAUAUCGCGCGGUCUCCCAACGCAACCCCUGAGGUUCUCAAAGCCGUUGAUCUGAUCAAGACCUGCGUGAACCUUCCAUUCCCCGAAUUGGUGAAGAACGAGACCGCCUCGCGCGAUCUGAGCUUCAAACUUUCUAUCAAGGCGUCCAACAAGGACCUCGCCAUACCUCUGAAUCUGACCGAGUUUCAGCUUGAGCACUCAGGACCUUACAUGGAACGCAAUUUUGACUCGAAGCCCGAUGACAGAGUAACAUUCGAUCCCGAUGCCUGGCAGAGAAAGGUUCUCGAUACUAUCGAUGCCAAUAACAGUCUGAUGGUAGUCGCGCCCACUUCUGCCGGUAAGACUUUCAUCUCAUUCUACGCGAUGAAGAAGAUCCUCCAGGCCAAUGAUGACGAUGUCCUUGUCUAUGUCGCCCCCACCAAAGCAUUGGUCAACCAGAUCGCAGCUGAAGUCGCUGCGAGGUAUUCAAAGUCAUACACUAGAGAAGGCAAGUCUGUAUGGGCUAUUCAUACUCGCGACUACCGAGUGAACAAUCCGACUGGGUGCCAAGUCCUCGUUACUGUACCUCAUGUACUGCAGACCAUGUUGCUUGCCCCAAGCAAUUCCGACCGUCCCAGCGCCUGGGCGCGCCGCGUCAAGAGAAUCAUCUUCGACGAAGUACACUGUAUCGGCCAAGCCGAAGACGGCAUUGUCUGGGAACAACUCCUGCUACUUGCGCCUUGCCCCAUCAUCGCGCUGUCCGCCACGGUUGGCAACGCAGGCGAGUUCCACGACUGGCUCGCUGUGUCGCAGGCCCAAAAGGGCUACAAAAUGGAACUGGUCGUCCACAAUGCUCGAUACUCCGACUUGAGAAAGUUCGUUUACUGCCCGCCGAAGCAGCUAAAGAUGGAUGUCUUGGCGAAACAGGAUCAGUUACCAAUUCCAGGCAUCGAUCAAGGGGAGGAGAGGAACCCACGAUUCUUCUUCACCCACCCCAUUGCUGCGUUGCUCGAUAUCAAUCGUGGCAGCUUGGACGAUGUCAGCCUGGAGCCUCGCGAUUGUUGGACUUUGUGGAAGUGUAUGGACAAGCACCAGACUACCGACUUCCCGGUCGCGAAGUCUUUGGACCCUGGCAGUACGUUGCCAAAAAUCAUCAGCAAGGCUGAUAUCCUCAGUUGGGAGGCUGGGCUGAAGAAGGUCCUCCAGCAAUGGAUGGUAGUCCCUGAAUCGCCAUUCAGUGCAGUAAGAACCGAACUCUUGGGAUCUGCUUUUGUCGAACUACAAAAGGAUUUCGUCUCCCAGGGAAAACGUCUCAAAGAACGCACGACAAUCAUCCCGCUGUUGUAUGAUCUUAACGAGAACGACAGUCUGCCCGCCAUAGCAUUCAAUUACGACCGCGCACAAUGCGAGGAAGCUCUCAAGACUGUCCUGGCACACCUCUCAGCUAAGGAGACGGCUUGGAAGGAGUCGAGCAAAGAGUGGAAGCAGAAGCUUGCGGACUAUGAGGAGUGGAAGAAAGCCGGGCUCAAGGCGGCAAAGGCCAAGCCCAAAAAGGACAGACCUGCAGCCGGCAACAAGGACGACAGGCAGGGCGGCUCUCGCGACGACAACAAGAACUCAAAGAUGCAGACAGCCCAAGCCAACGCUAGCAUUGAGGUCAGCCCUUGGGAGAGUUUCGAUCCCGAGGACCCUCUCGAGCAGUUUAGCUUCGGCGAUCGCACGAGACUAUCGCGAACCGAGUUUGCUGAGAUGACAGAUGACCUGAGCAGCGACAAAGUUGAUCAAUGGCUAGUCCAGUCUCUCAAGAGGGGUCUCGGCGUGCAUCACGCUGGUAUGAAUCGAAGGUACCGUCAGGUGGUCGAAAUUUUGUUCCGCAAGGGCUACCUGGGAGUCGUCAUGGCCACUGGCACCCUCGCGCUCGGUGUCAACAUGCCUUGCAAGACUGUCAUCUUCAACGGCGACUCCGUUGACCUAACAGCGCUGAACUAUCGUCAGGCUGCCGGUCGUGCCGGUCGAAGAGGCUUCGACUUGCUCGGCAAUGUCGUCUUUGCCGACAUUGCUCCCAACCGCGCCUUCGAGAUCAUGUCACUUCGACUUCCUGAUCUUCGCGGUCACUUCCCUGUCUCUACGACUCUUAUCCUUCGUCUCUUUGGUCUCCUGAAUGGAACCAAGAAUUCCGACUUCGCUACUGCUGCCGUCAACUCACUGCUUUCGCAAUCACGCCUGUACCUUGGUGGUCCCGAAGGCGGGUUGGCCAUAAAGCAUCACAUGCGUUUCUCCAUCGAGUACCUGCGUCGACAGCACCUGCUCUCAGAGAAGGGCGCUCCUAUCAACUAUUCAAGUCUUGUGAGCCAUCUUUACUUCACCGAGAAUGCUGCGUUUGGGUUCCAUGCUCUGCUCAAAGGAGGUUACUUCCACCGCAUCUGUGGCCGUAUCAACGAGAACCCCGCUGCCGUGCUCAACCAGCUUGUACUCGUCAUGUCACACCUGUUUGGCCGCCAAGUCAUCAGGACCAAUGACCGAGAGUACAUGGAAGUUAUCGUGCGCAACUCGCAGUCCGUGAUUUUCCUCCCACGUCUGCCCAAGGCGGCUGAGCGCAUUUUAGUGUCGCACAACCGCGACACACUCAACUUGUUCAAGGGUUACGUCACAUCCUACGCCUCGCAGCACCUGUCAGACGUCCCCGACAACGUUCUUCCCUUUACUAAGACCACCGUCGGCGCCCACGAGCCUACCAAAGGACAGGCUCCCUUCGACCGUACACCCAGCCCCUCGAUCCGUUCCACUUUCGCCGCGCUCUCUGGUCAUACAGAUGAGAGUCUCAGCUCGGUACACGAUCUGUGUUCCACAGUCCGUGCAGGCGUCUUCCUCGAGGAGGCGACGAUCCCACACGUUCCUGUGUAUCCGAUCGAUUCCGAUGAGCGCCUCAACGCGUACAUCUAUGACUUCUUCAAGCAUGGCGACCUUGUCGCGCUGACCCGCGACAACCGCAUCAAGGGCGGCGAUGUUUGGUUCUUCCUUAAGGACUUCUCUGUCGUCCUUGCAACCAUCGUGACGAGCCUGACGAACUACAUGCGCGCCGAUGCGGAUGCCGAGGAACUUGGCGAGCUGGACGAGGGCGUUGCGGAGGACGAGGUCAACUUCAUGCCAUCGCAGCAGACGCAGCGCCCUGCCAAGGCGUCUGUCGCGGAGGCUGCCGCUGCGCCUGUCACGCAGACUCUGCCUAUUCGCAAGAAGAAGAAGGUCGCCGAUAACUGGGAUGACGAUGACGACGAAGAGGCUGCGCAGGCGUCGGGCUCAUCAGGCGACGAAGAGACUGAUAGCGAUGGCGACAUGGAGGACGAAGAAAACCUGCCCACCGUGCUCAAGGCAUUCACCCAGCUCAAGGAGGAGUUUGAUGACAAGUUCUUCAAGAUCGGAGCUUAA